AUGGUCAAGUUCCGCGGUAUCGAGAUCUCCAUCAUCUCGCAAUUUGAUAUCCGCAAGCUACCAGAGUUUCGUUUCGUCGCAAAGUCCGAAGCCGACCCUUUCACUGAGCCACCACCCUCACCGAGCGCUAGUGCGGUUGCCUCCUGCUACGUACCCAUCUAUGCAGGCAGCCAAAUUUGGUUCGAGUACGCCAUCGAAGGACCACAUCCACCUGGCGCCGGUUACUUCUUCAAACUCUUCCUGGAUGGCCAGCUUAUGACGUCGUGGGAUUGCGUCGAAAAGCAUGAAUACUGCGGCAAGACCAUGUACAACAUCAUCUGUGACGACAAGCACGACAUCAGAGGAGCCCCUCACAUGAUCCGACAGGCAGCUUCGUUCAACAGUGCCUUUGAUGGGGAAGCGGACCCUGACGAAAAGACAGAUGUGGUUGAGAUUCGUGUGUAUCGAAUUGAGCAUCGCCAACGUAUCCGUGACUUCGAUAUUGGCACUGGUGAGAAUGCUGUCGGCAGGAAGUCCACAAACAAUAUUCGGAUUUCUGACGGAGGCCUCCUCGAGCCAAACUUCCCACAUCGUCGGUACAAGUAUCAGCUCCUUGAUCCGACCGAUGAGCCAUACGCUACCUUUCGCUUCUAUUACCGCACCCUUGACUUCCUCAAACGCCGCCAGAUCGUCGAGAGCGCCCCUGCCAGCUAUUCCAGGUCUUCUUCUGCGACAUCUUACCAUGAUGCGCCUUCCAAUGCCGACAACUCAAGCCCUGCUGCAAGCGAUGAUACUGCUACGCCAGCCAAGUCAUCGCCCUACCCUACAGACCAGAGCCUCAAGAGUCCCGCCUCGAAAGCUUCGAACGCCUGCCCUCCACCAAGCGAAUCCGAAGAAUCCCUCAGUCUCGUCACCAAAGACAGCAUAGAAGACCUUCCCUCCAGCGUGCCUCGCUCGCCGAAAUCUCCAAAGUCGCCAAGGUCUCCCAGAUCGCCCAAGUCACCUCUCAGACACGCCGAAACCUUCGAUGAGAUCCUCGAAAACAGCCCCGAAGCGCUCCCUCCUCCACCACCGCCCCCAAGCCCAACGAAGAUGAGCCGCCUCUCGCCUCGUCGCCUGCUCAAGAAUGACAUGACAGUCAAGAUCAAUGGCACGGAGUUCAACAUUGAACGUCGGCCCAGUCGCCCACUCAGUCCAUUCACAAGCGGCGGAAUGCUUAGAAAGCUCGUCCCGUCAUCUGCGCCUCCCAAUGUUACUGAGUUUGGUCCGACUGUCAGAGAUGAAGUUGAGAAGCUGGAGGAGCGAGUCAGGAGGAAUGAUGGAGAGGCUCCGCCUAUGCCAGUGGUCAAGCUCACAACAACGACAAGAGUGGAGCGGGGUGGGAGCAGACUGAUAGGAUUUCUGGCUGGGCGCAUCUCGAAGCGAAGCACGCAGUAG